UCCAGAGAGCUACUACUUUUAGCGGUUGCAGGAAGUAAAGUAUACAUAGGAGGCAUGGCAAGACUUAGGAGCCUGUUUCAUCAGCCGGUUUCACUUCGUAGAAACCGUCUGACCUCGCAGCAUUAGGAUUCGUUCAACGUGCUCCAGUUGAAGCUGCAGCAGAGAAGAACCCGAGAAGAGCUGGUCAGUCAGGGCAUCAUUCCACCCUUGAAAAGUUCCGCCUCCUUCCAUGAGCAGAAACGGAGCCUUGAACGUGCACGGACAGAGGACUACCUGAAGAGGAGGAUCCAGCGGCGCCCAGCACGUGCAGAGCUCAUCAGAAUGCACAUCCUGGAGGAAAGCACAGGAGAAGACUCCGGGCUGCAGAAAAGAGCUCGUCUGGCGGAUGAUCUGAAUGAUAAAAUCUCCCAGAGGCCCGGGCCCAUGGAGCUCAUCCACAAGAACAUCCUGCCCAUUCACAGCAGCAUCAGGACGGCCUUCAUAGUUCCAGAUUUUUCAAAGGCCUCAGAUGACCUGUCCUCCGCUGACGAGGACAGUAUUGACAGCCCGGACUCCCCUCUGCCCCCUGGGACCCUCACGCUCACACUGGCCCCCUCUGAUGUACAGGAUUCUACUGACUCGCCUCUGAAGCCGACCGCACCGCUGUCUACGUGUGUCAAGAUCAUAACUGCUGAGAAUAAGCAGAAGAUAAUCUCUGAGCAUUGCCUCCAAAAACACAAGAAACCCAAAGAUGAUAAGCCAAAGAUGAAAAAGCUGAAGUACCAUGAGUACGUCCCUCCAGACCAGAAGGGGGAGAAAGAGGCUCCUCCUAAACUGGACUCCUCUUAUGCCAAACUCCUCCAGCAGCAGCAGCUCUUCCUCCACCUGCAGAUCCUCAGCCAGCAGCAGAGGCACCAGACCACGGGCCACACCCAACCAACCCUGCAGACAGAUCAGGACCAAUCCAAGUCAACUUCAGUACUACCUGCGGGCGAAACUUUGAUCACCAAUCUCACAGCACCAGCAGAGGAGAGCACCAAGUCUGCCAGUCUGCCCCAAAACCUGGAUGAACUGAAGGUCGCUGAACUCAAAGCAGAGCUGAAGCUGAGAGGCCUCCCCGUGUCUGGCACCAAGAGUGACCUGAUCGAGAGGCUGAGGGCGCACCAGGCGGGGGGCAGUGCACGCGCUCAGCCUGCAGGGGGGGCCAGAGAGACGGGGGCGGAGGGAGCAGUGAAGGCUUCAAAAACAGCUGUGAAUGGUCAUCUGGUACUGGCUGUCAAGUCCAACAGUUCCACGUUUCAGAUUAAGAAUUCUGCAGACAACUGUUCCAAAUCUGUGUCCUUAACUCCCCUUGAAAACUCCACUCUUAUCACCGAGACAAAAGUGUUUAAAACAGAAUUGCCUGACCUUCAACCUGCCCCUACUCCACAACUAAACAUCAGCAUCAAAGAAGAGCAGCUGAGCCCAAUCCCAGCAUCCAUUCACGUACAGAAAUGCCAGUUCGUGAUUCCCGCUUCAACGCCAAAAACACCAACUCCGCCUGUCAUGUUGGUGGAUAAAGACUCCAUGUUGCGUCAGAAGGACCGUCAAAUCGAGGAGCUUAAACGGCUGCUGUUGCACAACCAGCGUUUAGUGGACAUGCUAAAAAUGAAGCUGGAAAUGAGGAGGAGCGAAGAGCAAAUGAACACUGAAACGAUUCUUCAUUUGAGAGUAGCGCCCCCAGAUAAAAGUCAGUCUGAAAAGCAGCCAUUGUCCACAGGUGAAUUUCAUGUUAAGGUUAAGGAAGAAGUUGUGGAUGACGAUAAUCUGGAAACUUCGGGACAACUCAGCCCGAAGUUAACUAACGGAGAACAAAAUGGCCGACAUCAACAGGCAGUUCACAGGCUUUUGCUUCAACAACAGAGCAAACUGCGCAGUCAACCGCAGGCAGUUCAGAUGCACGAUCAGAGAGGAGAGAACCGCCACAAGCAGGAAAAAGUGUGUCAGGAGAGGAAGAAGAAAGCCUCCCGACAGCAGCUAAGAGCGGAGCAGGAUUCACAACAGAUUCAGCUAAAGCAAGAGAUAAGACUCAGCAAAGACUUAUCUCAGCAACGGCAGCCCACAGACCAACAGCACAUUCAAGUCCACACCAAGAUAGAGCUACAACAGCCAAAACAGGAAACUGCACAGGUCUCUCCAGUGUGUUCUGAACAGAAGCUCAAUCACUUACUUCCAUUUGAUCUGAAGAACAACUCCACACCAGCGAUAGUCACUGACAGCAACGGAAACUACUUCCUGAUCACACUGACCAACCACGUCGCCGAAAGCCAAGCCCAUGGGAACACAUCUAAACACAUCACACUGCAGAGAUUACAGUGGUCUCCCUCCAAGCUCCCAGGACACGGCUCUGUUCAGCUGCCUCGUGCUGAUAAUGAAGCCAGAGCCAUCACACAGCCCAGCACAAAGGCUCAGAGCGCAGGACUUCAGCAGAGCAGAGGAGCACCACAGCACCAGCAGCACCAGCAGCACCAGCAGCACCAGCAGCAGCUCAGGGAGAGGCCGUGUGAGACUGAGACUGAGACUGAGAGCCCAGACACUACCGGGGACUCAGCUUCUACUCUAAACAAAAUAUGCUCCAGUCUGGAUUUCCUUUUCAGUCCUGUCUCUCCGUUUGAAUCCUCAUCUGACACCAAAGACACAGAAGCUGAAGACUUCAUUGACAUCAUACUGAAGAAAGGAGGUAACAUGUACCGCCACUUAGCUACACCUUUAUACUUUACACAAUCUCUAACACGUAAUAAUUAUUUUCCAGACAUUUCCAGAUUCAAACCAUCUCCUGAUCCAGCGUUGGACCACCUGCACCGCUCUUCCUCAUCCUCACCCCUCCUCCCUCUGCCGUCACCCACCGCUGCCCCCUGCCUUGACCCCAAGAAUACUGCACCCUCAGCACCUCAUACGUCUCUGGGCCCAGCGGAGCAGAGAAAGACCGGCCGACUGGAGGACUUUUUGGAAAGCACUACAGGAAAGCCUCUUCUCGGAGUGGAGCCUGGCGGGCCGCUGACUCUGAUCGAUGACCUUCACAGUCAGAUGCUGUGCACGGCCAGUAUUUUGGACCACCCGCCCUCCCCCAUGGACACGCUGGAUGCAGAGCCGGAGGGGAUGGACUGGCUGGACCUCACUAUGGAGGAAAACACCACCAAGGAUUUACCCAAGUUAGCCUCGCCCACGCCCCCUAGUGUCUUUUCCACGGACUUUCUGGAUACGUAUGACCUGGAGACGGCCUGGGACUCAUGUUUGUAAAUGUACAAAUCCAACUCCAAAUGCAAUUCACAUUACUUCAGAAUUAUUUGGUGCACUAACUUUUAGGCUGGGGGUCUGUUAUGUCAUUGCUCUGCCUGGAAUGUUCCACAGUAUAACAUUAAACUGCUCUAACUUGCAUUUAUUAAAUAAAAAUAAAAAUAUUACAUUUUUUAAAAAUUACCUGUACUUGGUCUGGUUUUGCCUCCAUGAACAUUAGGAAGGUUUAAUGCCAUACUGUGAAACAUUCCAAACAAAGCAGUGACAUCUCCAUGGAGACAAAUAUUUCAGAACUUCCACCAGAGAAGUUGCACAAUGCACCUUUAAAGCCAAAAUGGUCAGGAAAGCAGAGAGAGUUUGAUUAUUUUCAUGCAUUAAACCUAAAUUAUUAACUACAAUGUUAUGAGUGCAGUUACAUUUUCUCAGUUAGAGUUACCUGAGUAACUUAAAAAAAAAAAAAAAAAGCACUGUACUUUUACUCCUACUUGAGUUUUUAAUGAAGUAAAAGUAUUCUUAAGUAAAAGU